AUGGCUGCUGCUCGGACUCUUCGCAUUGGUCUCAUCCCCGGUGACGGUAUCGGACGGGAGGUCAUCCCGGCCGGCCGUCGGAUUCUUGAAUCCCUCCCUUCGUCCCUGAACCUCAAAUUCAACUUCGUUGACCUGGAGGCUGGUUAUGACACCUUCAAGAAGACCGGUACCGCUCUCCCGGACAAGACCGUCGAGACCCUGAAGAAGGAGUGCGAUGGUGCUCUGUUCGGUGCCGUCAGCUCCCCCUCCAGCAAGGUUGCCGGCUACUCCUCCCCCAUCGUCGCCCUUCGCAAGAAGCUCGACCUGUACGCCAACGUCCGCCCCGUCAAGACUACCAUCGGCAGCAGCAACGGUAACCCCAUUGACCUUGUCAUCGUCCGUGAGAACACCGAGGACUUGUACGUGAAGGAGGAGAAGACCUACGAGGGCCCCGACGGCAAGGUUGCCGAGGCCAUCAAGCGCAUCUCCGAGCGUGCCUCCUCGCGCAUCUCCACCAUUGCUGGUGAAAUCGCUCUGCGCCGCCAGAAGAUCCGCUCCGCCGCCCCCACCUCCAUUCGCGACCAGCCCAUGGUUACCAUCACCCACAAGUCGAACGUCCUGUCCCAGACCGACGGUCUGUUCCGUGAGACUGCCCGCAAGGCCCUGGCCGCCGACAAGUUCUCCUCCGUUCUGGUCGAGGAGCAGAUCGUCGACUCCAUGGUCUACAAGCUCUUCCGUCAGCCCGAGUACUACGACGUGAUCGUCGCCCCCAACCUGUACGGUGACAUUCUGUCCGACGGUGCCGCUGCUCUGGUCGGCUCUCUGGGUCUGGUUCCUAGCGCCAACGUUGGCGAUAACUUCGCUAUUGGUGAGCCCUGCCACGGUAGUGCCCCCGACAUCGAGGGCCAGAACAUUGCCAACCCCAUCGCUACCCUGCGCUCCGUUGCUCUGAUGCUGGAGUUCCUCGGCGAGGAGGCCGCCGCUGCUAAGAUUUACGCUGCCGUCGACGGUAACCUCGACGCGGGCAAGUUCCUGUCCCCCGACAUGGGUGGCAAGGCCUCUACCACUGAGGUUCUGGACGAUGUCCUGAAGCGCCUGUAA